AUGGAAGCCAGUGACGAGUUUGUCGACAAUGGUGCGGGCUUUGGAAGUUCAGUGGACGGGUCGCCCCUGGUGCUGCUUUGGAAGUCAGUAGUGAUCUUCACAGCCAACAGGAUCAACAUGCCGAGAGAUUUUACAGACUUCGAGUUCAGUUUUCUGACUUCUGAUGAUAGUGAGGAAAUCAUUAAGUUUCUGGACGAACAACUGGCACCUAGGGUUCCAUUGAUCAAAGCCACUGGAGAAACCUCUGCGAGUUUAUUAGGAAAGAUAUAUAUGAGAGAUGUUCUGAAUUGCUUGGAAUCUGGAUUAUCUUUUGCUGCCCGACACAAGACCUCCAAAACUAUCGCAGGAGUCGCACUCAGUGAGAUCUUCUCCUUGGAAGAAACACUUAAAGUUGCUGUAAUGAAAAAUACGAGCAAGAUGAAUCAGAUUCUUGGAAAACUCUAUGAUAAUAUCACCCAUUUUGACGGUGUUGAUGCCCGGGGUAGCGCACUUGUAGUUCUCUGUCCCCAGGACUACGCUUAA